CUUGACUUACGAUUCAUAAAAACAAACCAGAAGAAAGAACCCCAUCAUUUCAAACCUUGUUUUUCACCCUUUUUCCCCUCACUGUUCACAGAUCCACCAUUCCUUUCCACCUCACUCCCUUUCAAAUCAGUUCCCAUUUUCCUUUCACACAUUACUUCCCCUUCACCUCUCUCUAAUUCCAUACUCCUCCAUUGCAUUCAACAAAACCACUUUCUCUCUCUCACACUCACUCACUUCACACAAUGAAGCACCCAAAACUCCAAACCCAAUCAACCCCAACCCCAUCACCCUCUUCAAGAUCUUCUUCUCUCUCAUCCCACCUUGCUAUGGUGGAGCUGAAGCAGAAGAUCCUAACUUCUCUGUCGAAGCUCUCCGACCGCGACACGCACCAGAUCGCGGUGGAGGACUUGGAGAAGACCAUCUCGGGGCUCUCGCCGGACGCCAUUCCGAUGAUUCUCAAUUGUCUCUACGACGCCGCCACCGACCCCAAGCCCGCCGUCAAGCGGGACGCCCUGCGCCUCCUCGCCGCCGUCUGCGGCGCGCACUCCGACGCCGCGGCCGCCCACCUUACCAAGAUCAUCGCCCACGUCGUCCGCCGCCUCAAGGACGCCGACUCCGCCGUCCGCGACGCCUGCCGUGACACCGUGGGCGCCCUCGCCGCGCAGUAUUUGAAGGGAGACGGCGGCGGUGGUGGCGGUGGAGUCGGGACGGUGGUGGGGCUGUUCGUGAAGCCGCUUUUCGAGGCGAUGGGGGAGCAGAACAAGGGGGUGCAGGCGGGGGCGGCGGUGUGCAUGGCCAAGAUGGUAGAGUGUGCCGGUGGCAGCGGAGGGGAGGCGGUGCCGGUUGCGGCGUUCCAGAAGCUAUGUCCGAGGAUCUACAAGCUGCUCAACAGUCCCAAUUUCAUGGCCAAGGCGGCGAUUUUGCCGGUGGUUGCCAGCUUGUCCCAGGUUGGAGCGAUUGCACCACAAAGCUUGGAACAUUUGCUGCCUAGCAUUCACGAAUGCCUUUCUAGUACUGAUUGGGCAACACGUAAAGCGGCAGCUGAGGCAUUAAGUUCUUUGGCAUUGCAUUCAAGCAGUUUGGUUACUGAUAGAGCGGCACCCACACUGGCAGUACUUGAGGCUUGCCGAUUUGACAAGAUAAAACCUGUAAGAGAUAGCAUCAAUGAAGCAUUGCAACUGUGGAAAAAGAUUGCAGGGAAAGGAGAUGGGUCUCCUGAUGAUUCAAAGCCCUCAUCUGAUGGUGGGAAUGAAUCAGCUAUUUCGUCAGAAGCAAGUGACCCGAAAAAAGUAAAUCUUGAUGAGAGGAAGACUGAUUCACCAGUAAAGGGUUCAUCAACUAGUUCUUCAAAUAUGGAUUCAACUAAGGCCAAAGCAGCUAGCAUCUCAGAGAAGGCAGUUGUGAUACUGAAAAAGAAACCACCUGUGUUAUCUGAUAAAGAACUAAAUCCAGAAUUUUUCCAAAAACUUGAAAGAAGGGGUUCAGAUGAUUUACCAGUGGAAGUAGUUGUUCCUCGUAGAGGCCUCAAUUCUUCUAACUCCAACAAUGAGGAAGAAUCAGAGGCAAAUGCUAAAGAUUCAAAAGAAAGAAUAAAUUCUGUUGGAAACAUCCCUAAUGAUGAUCAUGGAUCCUCCAGUAAUAAAUAUCGUAUCUUUGAGAGAGGCAAUGAUGGAAAUUCCAAACAAAGGAAUUAUGAUGAUUUUGGCCAUGACAGAUUCUCUGAAAGGAGAGUGAACACAAAAGAACUGAGGACAAAAGCUUAUGAUACUGAUGGCAGGACUGAAAAUGAUCAGAGGGACGGUUCUGCCAAUGCUGCAGGUUUUUCUAAAACUGAUGGUCAAUCAGAAGUACCCUUCUCCAAUAACAGAGCAAACUGGUUGGCCAUCCAGAGGCAGUUGUUGCAACUGGAAAGGCAACAAGUUCAUCUGAUGAAUAUGCUGCAGGAUUUCAUGGGUGGAUCUCAUGAUAGCAUGGUGACUCUAGAGAACAGAGUGCGAGGUCUUGAGAGAAUUGUUGAAGACAUGUCACGAGAUUUAUCCAUAUCAUCAGGUCGUAGAAACUUUGCAGGGUUUGAAGGGUCAUCUAAUAGGCCUUCUAGCAAGUAUAAUGGUUUUAACGACUACUCCAGUUCCAAGUAUGGUAGAGGCGGUGAUGGACGCAUCCCAUUUGGCGAAAGAUUUGCCCAAUCUGAUGGAAAUUCUUUGGGAAUGAGGGGAAGAGGGCCAUCUUGGAGAUCUGACAUGUCUGAGGGGUGGGAUCAUUCUGGAUAUGGUGCUUCUAGAAAUGGCCAGAUGUCCUCAAGGAGGGCUUUUGGGGGUAGUUCUGCUGAUGGAAGAUCACCAAAAUCUGUGCAUGAGAAUGAUCAAGCAGGCAACAGGAGAGCUUGGGAUAAAGCAGCAAUGCCCAUCCGGCUUGGUGAGGGGCCCUCUGCAAGAAGUGUCUGGCAAGCUUCUAAGGAUGAAGCUACCUUGGAAGCAAUUCGGGUUGCUGGUGAGGACAAUGGAACGUCUCGAGCAACAAGGGUAGCAAUCCCUGAAAUGACUGCUGAAGCUAUGGCUGAUGACAAUGUUGGGCAAGAGAGGGAUGCCAUCUGGACUUCUUGGAGCAAUGCAAUGGAUGCCCUUCAAGUAGGUGACCUAGAUUCAGCCUUUGCAGAAGUAUUGUCCGCUGGCGAUGAUAUUUUGCUUGUAAAGCUAAUGGAUAAAACGGGCCCUGUAAUUGACCAACUUUCAAGUGAAGUUGCAUGUGAAACUGUAAAUGCCAUUGGACAAUUCUUACUGGACCAGAACAUGUAUGACAUUUGUUUGUCUUGGAUUCAACAGUUGCUGGAGAUAGUAUUGGAAAAUGGCCCUGAUACCUUUGACAUUCCCAUGGAAGUAAAGAAAGAACUCUUGCUGAAUUUACACGAAGCUUCUACAGAUCCAGCUGAGACCUGGGAAGGGGUACAGCCAGAUCAGCUUUUAUUGCAAUUGGCAUCAGCCUGGGAAAUUGAUCUGCAACAGCAUGACAAAUAGCUUAAGAACAAAUUAUGCAGCUAUUGAAUCUUGAAUUGAAAUAUAAUGCUGUUCAUGCUUUUGGCCUCCACACAACAACUACAUUGCCACAAAUUUUUGCUCCUUUUUCUCCUGUAUCUUGAUGAACUUAGGCUAAUUCUAUACGGUCAGAGCAAGGUUCGACCGUUGGAUAUCAUUUUUGUUUUUUUUUUUUUAAUCUACAGAUAUCCUCAUUACUAAGAGGUAGUGUCUAGUUGUCAGCAAGUGCCCUGCUUAAAGAUAUUGUGUAAAUUGAGACGAAUGAACAAAUCUUCCAUGUAAUUAUUAUAUGUAAUUUGUUCUCGAUUUGCUACUUUCGUUUCAUCAUUUGCAACAUUUUCUCUCGUUAUGUUACCCAGGCUAAUUUGUAAUUGGUCAAUGAUCAUGUCUGAGGGGAUAUCAGAGACAAUCUGUAUUAUUGAUAUUCAGACAUAUAAAAUGAAGUGUUCAUUUA